CAGCAGUAAAAAUGCUAGUAUUCCCCCAUCAUGCAAGCAAGGAAUCACCGCCUGGCCUCGUGGCUCAGCAUCGGCCCCGCGCGUGGGUGUGACUGCUGCAAGGUGAUCCGCCUAGCUGCAGCUCUUCGUUUGCCCUACUCAUCGACAAAGCCCAAUUUCUGAGAAGAGCUUGGGGGCGGUAUUCUCGAACGAAAAGAUUAAUAACAUAACAAGAUGGCAUUAAUACGGACAUGGUCCGCUAAUCUUUCUUUAUUCUUCCUUCUCACGCCCCUUGCCAGGCAGCUACUCGAGCUCGGAAGCCAAUAUUGCUGAGCCCUCGAUGUCUCGCCUUUUCUCUCACAAUCCUGAACGAAGUGAUCUCCCAUAGUCGUCGCUACACGUUAUGUUUGCUCUCAGGGAUGCAGUCGACAAGUGUACGGGGCUCUCCGGGGAUGGGAAAGACAUUGCCAUAACGUUGGCUUUCUGUCUCUUUCUAGUGACCAUGACCAUGGGGCUUCGGUUCUACACAUUGGUCAUGCGAAGACAGCGCUUCCAAGCAUCGGAAUAUCUCGCACUUAUAUCGCUGAUUCUGUACUACUCAAGCGCGGUGACAGUCUUUCUCGCUUUGACCAUCGGUCAUAUCGGUUACCCGAUCUCACAAACCCCAGCUUGGCGGCUCACCAUUGCAUUCAAGUGCAUCUAUUAUAUCCGGCUGGCAUAUACCAUAGGGCUAGGCCUGGUGAAAUGCAGUCUGUUGCAAGCCCUUCAGAAGGUUUUCAUUACGCCAACGACCUAUUCCCGGGCAGCUGUCUGGAUAACGAUGGCAAUAUGUGCCUUCUGGAGCCUGUCGGGGUUCCUUCUUGCAUUUCUGGCCUGCCACCCAUUCGAAUACAACUGGACUCCGCAUCUAAGCGUCGGACAUUGCGUGAAUCUCAACCAUGUCUUGUCAGGCCUUGGUAUUGUUGACGCUGCGACGAGUUUUGCUAUCGUUAUUCUGCCUGUACCGAUGCUCUUGAAAACGAGCUUGACGCGGUCGCAGAGAUUGGCAACUGCUGGUGUCUAUGUGAUCGGGGCUUUCGCCGUUGCCAUUGCCAUCAUCUUGACCGUCACUCUGGCGAGAACCAAUUUCCUCAACUUCAAUGAAGCCGGCAAGAUGGUUGUGGUUUGGUUCACUGUUGAGUGGACAGCGGCAAUGAUUGUGGCCAAUGCAUUGGUUCUGGCGCCGUUAUGUGGCAGUCUGAGUCUUUGCCAACCUUUGCGUACCAUCGCGAAUACCUCGCUCCACCACUCCAAGGAUGGAUCUUCCUAUCUGCUGGGUUCAAUGCGGACCCUAACAACUGGCGGCAGUACCGCACCACUGAAGACGAAAGCGACACUGGCGGAAACAGGAUCGAUUCAAUCCUCGCGAUCGAUGAUGCGAGGACUUGGGUUUUGCUGGACGGAGGCCACAGGGCAAGCACAGCAGCCUGGCUCUGCCCUAGCCUUGGAGCCGGGGGAGGUGCGCGUGCAGACAGGAUGGUCCAUUGAACGGUCACCGGCCAAGACAGAAUCUCCAUCAACUCUGUAUCAAUGAAGCUAUGACCAUGACACGCAAAUGAUUUUGACGAUUAUGCUGCGAGCGUGUGUAGGAUGUAAAGCGAAGGGAGACUGGCACCAGAUCGGCUUGAAUGGAU